AUUUUUUGUGCUUGAAUUUUAUAUUCAAAACGAGGCAAUUGCAACUAAAGGAAAUGAAGCAAUUUUUAUUUUUGACCUUAUUUUCGUUUUUGAUGUUUGAUGGGAUCUGCAUCAAAGGGGCUAUGGGAGAAAAAAUAACAUACGAACAGCUUCUCUCGAAAUUCCAACAAAAAACUAGUGAUCCUUUAUUUGAAACAAACUUCAAACCGUUGUUCUCACUCUGUGAAACGGAUGUUGCCUCUAAAUAUAUUAAUGUGUUAAAUUCGAUCUAUAACCCUAACUUUCAAAACCCCAUGGACAAAAGCAACCUGAAUGAUUUAUGUACUUCUAUAGGAUCGUCUCUUCAAGGCUAUGCAACUUAUUUACAACCGGUUGAAGAUGAAAUCCAAGAACUUUACAACAAUUGGGAAAACCACGAUCUUACUGUUGCGGAAGAGGGGCGUGUUAUUUUUCGUUUUUCUCAAAUAAAAAGAGUUCAUGCAUCAUUUAAUAAAGCAUUUAAAACUGCCAUGGAUCAGCUGAGUAAAAGAGUUGCAAGUUUCAUGAAAGAGUCAGGCAAUGGUCAAGCACAAACCGCAAAAAGUUACGCGAAAUCUCAAGCCGCAAUUUUGAAAGAUCUUGAAACUGCGAAUGAAGUUUUGUUGAAAUUCUGUAAUCGCAGGAUGGACUGGGCCAAAUUAUUAUUGGGCACCGACAUUGAAAUAGGCCCUAUAUUCAAAUGAAAAAUGAUAAAAAAUUGUACUUCUAUAGAUGCAAUAAAAAGUUUAACUUUUUUAUCAUCAUA